GGCGGGACGAUUCAAAGCACAAACAAGAUGGAUUUGAUACCUGCGCUGCAGUUCCUGAGGUUAAAUCAUAUUUCUGAAGACUGGGUGGAUGCAGUGUGGGAGUUGGAGUUCACAGAGAGAAAAGCGCUGGACGAUGCCACAAAUAAGGAACUCACAGCCACAAAGGGAAACGCCUUCCAAACCCUGUACCAUUGUUUAAUCCGAGCUUCUGAACAGACAAACUCUGCAAGCAGUGAUGGUGCUUCACAGAGUAUUUGGGUUACUCUUGCACAGAAUGGCGUGUCAGUCAAGUCUCUCGUGGCAGUGCUUUCAUUUUUUGUUCUUGGUGCUAAAAAUAAAGCAGCUAACGUUCAGCAGAGGUUGGACGGACUGUACGCUGCCUCUCUCUACCUGCUAUUGCUGAGAAUUCCAGGGAGCAUCGCCAAUAAGGUUUUUCACGAAGUAUUGUUUGACACGUGCUCUGAGCUGACCUCAUACUGCUGGCCUCAGGACUCUGGGAAAAAGCGCAAGAAGGAUGGCACGAAGGCUUCUCAGACAGAAGGCAAACGUUCAAAACCGCAGAGAAAAGAUGUUACAGAGAUGGAAAUUGAUGAGGAGGAGGAUGAGGAGGAACAGCUUAAUUUCUCUGGCCAGGACCUAAUGAAGAUCAGGGAAGCUGUCGUCGUGUUGGUUCAAAGCCUUCUCAGACUCCUGCAAACAUUUCCGCUCAAAGACAGACCACAGAGCGCCAGCAACUGCACACGGAUUUUCAAUAGGCUGUUGUACUUUGAACCUGUCAUAGGCAAUCUAACCUUUGCUGCUCCACAAGAUGUCACCCAAUUGAAGAGUGUUCCAGAGAUGGCUUUCUAUGGCUUUAAACUACUUUGCUUGCCAAAACAUGGAGAUCAGACAGAAUCCCUGAGGAGGGUGUUCCACCAGCUUCUUUACGUGAUUCUGAUGAUGAAUAAAGGCAACAGAGGAAAACCUUCCCUCCUUGUUCCUAGCCAGGCCAUCCUCGCUGUCCGCGACCAGUCCAUUCAAUUUGUCGGUCAUCUGGUGGAGGAGCUGAAAGAACUCGCAUUGCCUUUCCUUAAAAUCCUUCUGCAGCAUGUCUGCUUCCAGAUGGUGGAGAAAAGUGAGUUUCGAAGUCAUGGAGCCCAGGCCGUGGGCUUGCUGGUAUCUCACAUGAAAAGUACAGACUACGCUUGCUUCAUAAAGUGGCUGUUCAAUUUCUCCAGAAACUCAAAGAUGGUGCACAGGCUGUUCUCUGUGGAUGUCGUAAUGGUUUUGUUGGAGCAGCCAGAGAGGACGACGGAGGAGUGUGAGGAUGCAGACCUGGCAGAUUUCCUGACGCACAAAUUCCUGAUUCAGAACCUGCUAUUUGCCCGAAGAAUGGACGAAUCCCCCACCGUUCAGGGCCACGCCCUCGCCUGCCUUGCUCAGUGUUUGGAACUUCCUUCCCUUAACAUCACUCGGGCUGUCCAUGACCUCUUUUCUGCCACUGGAACCCAGACUGUGUUGGAAAGUGAACUCACAGAAGGAUGUCUCAGUUCUCAGACCAAUCAGAAAACCUACCGAACUCUGCCGUUCAGAACUGUGGAAAUCAGCACCGCUGACAGCUCUGGCUUUGAUGCAAAAGAGAACCUGGCUCUUCUUCGCCGCCGAGUUAAAGACUCAAAGACUAAUGUGAGGAAAGCAGCACUGCAGGCUUUGGUUGGUCUCCUGAAACAUGAUGUAAUCCCCCUCAACUGGGAGAAUCUGGAAACUCUUUCAGAGCGCUGCAGAGACCCAGCUGUGUCAGUGAGAAAAAAAGCCCUGCAGUGUGUCAGAGAGUUGCUCACCGCUAAACCGGAGUGCAGUGUAGUGCAGGAGGCGUGGCUGUAUGGCGUGGUGCCAGCUAUUGUGGAUUCUGAAAAUUCCGUGCAACAAAAAGCCUUGGAAGCUCUGGAACAGGUUUUGUUGGAUCAAGUGAAGCCAUACUCUCAAAACCAUCACCUGGAUGCCAGUCAGAGGCUGACCUGGGACCUGCUAGGCCUCUUGUGCCAUGAGUGCCACAACCUGAGCCGAUAUUUCAGUAGAGCCUUCACCAUCUGGUCAAAACAGGGAAAGUUCACAGCAACGUUCAUGACCAACCUGAUGUCACACACUGAGGCGGACCAUGCCGCCGGUGCGUGGUUGCUUCUCUCUAAGGUGGUAAAAUCAUCACCAAGACUGUCAUACAGCAAGAUCCUUGAUGCUUGGGACACCGUUGUCAGCUCAAAAGAUGUAAAUGUGACAACCUGCUGUCACAUCCUUUCUGUUAUGGGGGACAUUGCAGCUCAUUUGAACGAAGAUACCAAGGAGAGGAUUGUUGCUGAUCUGAUGUCUUGGUUGAAAAAAUUCACCUUGUCCCUGGAAGUAAUAAGUUCUGCUGUGGAAACACUUUAUCAACUUGGCCAAAGUGAGGACAUAAAACAGACACAGGCUUUUUUGAACCAGCACUGCGGUGAACUGAUUUUACUCUGCGAGGUUUAUUUGGCAAACAUUAUUCUCAGUGAAAAUGGAGCCCAAGACCUCGAUGAACAGCUGAUGAUAAAGUAUCUUCACACUUUGGGUGUGGCGUCCCUCCAAAGUCCUGCCAAGGUUGGAAAGAAGACGGUGCUGCUUGUGGAAUCUGUCUUGACAGCACAUUCUGAGAAACUGGCAGAAUUCCAGGAGGAGUUGCCAGCCUCACUUCCUCUGUCUCAGUUUAAAGCAAAUUCUCUGCCAUCUAGAGUCAGAGCCCAUGGUGUCAUCACUCUAGGUAAACUGUGUCUGCAACACGAGGAACUCGUCCAAAAGUACUUGCCAGUGUUUGCCAGGGAGCUCGAGGUCGGCACAGAGGUUGCAGUGCGCAACAAUAUUGUGGUGAUAAUGUGUGAUCUGUGCGUGCGAUACACAAACAUCGUGGACCGCUACAUCCCCAACAUCUCUGCCUGUCUGCGAGACGACGAGGCUGUAAUCCGGGAACAGACUCUCAUCAUGCUCACCAACCUGCUACAGGAGGACUUUGUUAAAUGGAAAGGCUCUCUCUUCUUCCGCUUCCUGAUAGCACUGGUUGACCCCGUCCCCGCUAUUGCCAGUCUGUGCGGAUACUGCCUAUUCCAUCUCCUGCAUAAGAAGAAUCCAGAAAUGUUUAGCCAGCACUUCAUUGAGUGCAUCUUCCACUUCAACUCGUACAGCAAGCACAAGUCCUUCAACAAGUUUCCUCAAAGUGAGAGAGAGAAAAAUCGCUUUUCCCUGAAAGGAGCUCAGAACCGAGAGAAACGCUUUCAGAUCUAUCGCUUUCUAUUGGAGCACUUCACAGAUGCACAGCGUUUCAGUGUCACUAACAAGAUCAACCAGACCAUUUUGGCAUGCUUUGCAGAUGAGGAACUGCCACUGGAUGCAGAUGGAGCUGAAAUUCUAUCAGAGACUUUCAGCCUUUUGAGUCUGAAGGAGAUGAAGCUGCAGACUACAACGACUCCUGCUGAUGGGCCGACAGCAGAAGAGCAAGGGGAGGAAAAUAUGGCCACCAUGGCCAAGGCUGUCCUCGAGGCUGCUAAGAGGAAGGUGGUGUCACAGGUCCAGAAGAAGACCUUCAUAGAGAACACAGUUCCUUUAAUCAUCAGCCUGAAGGGCUUGCUGGAGCGGAAACAUUCUCCCAUACUCAGAGACCUCAUGGCCUACCUUCAGGUGACAAUGCAGGACUACCGAAAGGAAGUGAAGGAGUUCUUCUCUGGUGAUGAGCAGCUGGCAGCUGAGAUCGAGUUUGCUCUUAAGAAGGCAGAAAAUGAUCAAGAGAUUCAGGAACAGAUGGAAAAAUGCAGCGUGACAGGAGACGCCACCAAAACGGCAGUGGCACAGGGUUCAGUCCAAGGUUCUCCAGUAAAGCUGAAACAACUCCAGCCAUUCAACUUUGCUACACCACAGCCACUUCGUCCAAAGAUUCAGCUCGCCAGGCUGGUACUAAGCGAUCACAGGCGUGUGUCAAAAAAAGGGCGAGAAGAAUAUGACGAGGCAAAAUCAAUGACUUUGGAUGGAACAGUGAUGUUGAAUGCUGUAAAUGAUAGAGCCUUCAGCACACCAAAAGGUGUCAACGUCAACGUAACAUUUAGCGAAGGACUCAGCGCAAUUUUCAGUGAUCAAGGACCAAGUCUGAAUAGGGAAACCAGUGUCCUUCAUGUACAGCCAAAUGAACAGCAAGCACCUGCAUUAAGGCAGUGGAAUGUGCAGUCUCCGCUCAGACAAAAGAAAAGACGCUCCAAACUUUAGUUGGAACUUCAUUAUUCUUUUUUCAUUUGAUAUUUUUUAAUGUAAUCUUUAAAACUACUACCACUGUUUGCUGACAUCUUUUUCUGUCUUUAUCUGCUAAUAUCCUUCCACUUUCUCUGACGUUUGUGUAGUAAUUUUGUCUCUUUUUGAAAAUAAA